AUGGCUUCGCAAUCAAUAUCAGCAAUUUUAGAACACAUUGCUUCGGCAGGAAAAGCAUACGAGAACAACGAGCCAGGCUCGAAAGAGGCCCUUAUUGACCAGAGUCGCGCACUCAUUGCAUCGUUGGAGAUACCGAGUGAAUUCCUGCAGCGCACUUUUUGGGCAGAGCCAGCGUUGUCCGCCAUCAUUCGCCUUGCGGUCGAUGUCAAACUUUUUCAAUAUUUGGAGGACGCCGGCGAAGCCGGGAUUUGUGCGAAUGUCUUGUCAGAAAAGACUGGUGUCGAUGUUGUCCUUUUGCAACGCCUUGCUAGACACUUAGUGGCAAUGUAUAUCAUAUCUUUCCAUCAUGGCACAUUCCACGCUACACCCCUGAGCAACAGUCUCGCACGGGAAAACUACCAACAUAGCAUUUCCUUCUGCUACGACGCCGCGAGACCUUCAUUCAACGGAUUCCCUUCCUUCUUCCAAAGGACCCAGUACAAAUCCCCGCCUCUGGGCUCGCUUUCCGGCCCUUUCCAAGAAGCGCACAAGUCACAACUGCCGUUUUUUGAAUGGCUGGUGGCCACACCACCGCAUCUGCAGUAUUUCGACUCUUUCAUGAGUGUCUACCGGGCCGGAAAGCCCAACUGGUUCGAUCCUGGCUUCUACCCAGUGACUGAACGUUUAAUUGACGGGUUUGAUGCCUCGAAGCAGGGUGUUCUGCUGGUGGACGUGGGCGGUGGAAAGGGCCACGACGUCGCCGCUUUCGUCGCGCAACAUACCUGCUCGCAGCAGCAGCAGCAGCAGCAGCACCUCCCUGGAAGAGUGGUGCUUCAGGACCGUGAACCCGUUAUUGCCAGCGUGAUGGCAGCAGCAAAAGCAAACGAGCUGCCUUUCGAAGCCCAAGCACACGAUUUCUUCACGCCGCAGCCUAUCAAGGGAGCCCGCGCGUAUUUACUCCACUCUAUCCUGCACGACUGGAGCGAUGAAGACGGGAUCAAGAUUCUUGAGAAUCUCGUUCCUGCGCUCCAGAGGGACUACUCACGGGUCCUUCUCAAUGAGAUUGUGGUCAGCGAGGAGAAGCCGACGCUGGCGGUGACCAGUAUGGACUUGAUGAUGCUGGCGCAUUUUGCUGUCCGCGAAAGAACAGAGGCUGAGUGGAAAGGCAUUCUUGAGAAGGCUGGACUCAGGAUUGUCAAUAUUUACACAUACCCGGGCGUCGCAGAAAGCCUGAUAGAAGCAGAGUUGGCUUGA